AUGGCUCACUUCCUCAAGCCUGUCGCGCGACACCGGCUAGGCUAGCAUGAUAGCGCGAUGUGUUUAGGUUUACAACAUUAAUAAUGUUUUAACGAAGCACUAAUCGGUGCAACCAACAAACACAACGUAUUACCACUCUUGAAGGGAAGCUAUACAGUUCAGUGUAAAUUCAAAACAACGAAUUUCAAGCAAGAAUAACCGUAUCAUAAGGCAGUAUGGCAGAGCAAGUAAGCAAUAAUAUAGAGGUGACUGUGAAAACCCUGGACUCUCAAAGCAGGACUUACACAGUGCAAGCACAGAUGACGGUCAAACAGUUCAAGGAGCACAUAUCACCCUCCGUUGGAAUUCCUGUUGAGAAACAAAGACUUAUUUACCAGGGCAGAGUGCUUCAAGAUGAGAAAACCCUAACAGAGUACAAUGUGGAUGGAAAGGUUAUUCACCUGGUGGAGCGAGCCCCACCCCAGACCAACCAGCAGGGUGGAUCAAGCGGUGUACCCGGUUCCUCUGGUGGGACACAGGGAGGAAAUCAAAACCCCAACUCUACCGAUGGUUCUCAGGGGACCCCCCUCGGACCCACGCAUGACCGCAAUGCUAACAGCUAUGUUAUGCUGGGUACUUUUAAUGUCCCGGUUAACAUUAUGGAUCCUCAGCAAAUUCAGAUGUCCAUUCAACAGAUGAUGUCUGGCUUGGGGGAUAAUGCGAGGAACCCACGAGUCAGCACAAGCACUGGGACGAAUGGCUCUGUGAAUGUUCAGAUCAAUAUGGACCAAUCAAUGCAGAGUGAACCCAGACUGCGUCUGCUUCUGGCUGAAAACUUGCUGAGGGACACUAAUGCUGUGAUACAGACACUUGAGGGUCACCCUGCAGAUAGCUCCUCUUCCCAGGAUGACUCUGCACCUCCACCCACCUCCUCUACUUCCACUCCCUCUCCUUCUUCACAGCCCAUGGAUACGUCUCCCCCCGCUACCAGUACCCCACCAUCCUCCUCCUCCUCCACCCAGACUGAUGGUGCUCCACCUCCUCAAGCAGGCCUCAGUCACCCAAGCCCAUCUGAGAUGCUGGAGAUGCUGACAGAGCUCAGGAGGGUGGAGGAGAGACUUCAGCCAUUUAUUCAGAGAGCUCACCUCAUUCUAGAGGCCGCCACAACUGCGGAUUACAACAACAAUACCCAGGAGAGGGAUGAAGACCAGCGUAUUCUCAAUCUUGUUGGGGAAGCCCUUCGUCUCCUUGGAAAUGCCCUUGUUGCCCUGAGCGACUUGCGUUGUAAUCUGCUGAGCAGCCCUCCACGACACCUGCACGUUAUUCGGCCCAUGUCCCACUACACAUCCUCCGUCUUGACUCCGCCGGGUGUGCAUCACAUUCCCAUGCAGUUGAAUCUCGGAACUACAGUGACUAUGUCGGCCAAUGGCAGACCGGCUGAGGGCCAGCCUCAAUCCACCGGCCAAUCAGAUCAGCAAGGCCAGACACCUACCAGUCAGCCUAGUUCAGCCAAUCAGCAGAGUGGGCAGCCAGGGCCCAGAGUAAUCCGAAUCAGUCAUCAAACCAUGGAGCCUGUGGUGAUGAUGCAAAUGAACAUCGAUGACUCUGGAAACACAGCUCAGGCCAAUGGUCAAAAUCUUGCUGGCCCUGGACAACCUGGUGCUCCCCCUACUGUUCAGAUUCCUGGUCUACCUCCCGAGUUCAUGCAAGCCAUUGUGCACCAAGUCACUCAGCAAGCCAUGGCCAUGGCAAACGCUGCCUCUACAGGCCAGCCUGCACAACAGACCAGCACACCCUCAGCAAACCUCGGCACCGGCUCCACUCCACCACCCCCCAUGUCUCCGUACCCCCCUCAGGCCAGAGUGGUUUUUACCAGACCCUCUUUUACUCACAGGAUGGCCAGCCCUGCUUUUACCACAAGGGGGGCCACUAUUAACCUCAGAGCAGCUGUUCCACCAAUGAUGGGCCAACAGCCCGGACAGAUGCCACAGGCUGGACAGAUGCCUCCAAAUGCUCUUAAUCAAAUGAUUGGGGGACUAGUUGGGCAGCUUCUCACUGGUGCCGCUGGGCAGAUGGGCGGUCAAACCACCACAUCAUCUUCAUACUCUUUCGCCUCCUCCACGGUCUCCUCUUCUUCCUCUUCCUCCUCUACAAGCACUCCGACCACCACCAGCUCCAGUGGAUCCGGACCCACACCGUCGAGCAAUACCAGCACUCCACAGCCUGGAUCUGCACCCAACCCUCCUCAGGAAACACCCCCAGGAGGAAACCUAGAGCAAUUAUUGGGAUCUCUUCUGGGCGGCGCUGUUGCAGCAGGCGGCCAGAACCCUUCAAUAACAGUCACAAUGCCCGGCAUCCCUACGUUCAUUCAGGGGGUCACAGACUUCAUACAGGCUUCCCAGCCACUUUUCUCUCAGCCACCCUCGGGACAGCCUCCCGCCCCGUCCCCCACCGCUCCUCCGAAUACGGGCCCUGCUCCUGGUGCCACCCCCGCCGCUGCUGCUGCAGAGGGCCUCAACCCUGAGCUCUUCACAGGGAUAGUGCAGGGCGUCCUGUCCACCAUGAUGGGCUCUCUGGGCACCCCUCAAAACGAAACCGAGAGCAUCGCUCAGUUCAUCCAGAGGCUUUCCCAGACCAGUAACAUCUUCACCCCUGGAUCUGGAGAUGCAAUGGGUUUCUUUGGUGAUCUUUUGGCUUUGGUGUGUCAGAACUUCUCCAUGGUAGAUAUGGUGUUGUUGCUUCACGGGCAGCAUCAGCCAUUGAGUCGUAUCCAACCCCAGCUCGCCCAGUUCUUCAUCGAGCAUUUCCUGCAAGGGCGUGAGCCUACCGAGGCCAACAUCACGGCAGCUGCUGAUGAAUUAAUCGCCGAACUGGAGGAAUACAUAACAGAAAGUUUUUCGACGGUGACGGUCCGUGAUGGAGUUGACAUCACCCAGACAAACCGUUUCUUUCUCAGACAGCAGCUCACAGGCAUCGCCACCCACAUCCUGAACUCUACAGAUCAGACGUUUGGUCCUCGACUCCUACAGCUGUGUAAUCGUGCUCUCUUUGAAUGUCUGGCACUUAACCUCUACUGCCUUAAUGGAGAACAAAGUGCACUUACUGCCGUCAUCAACCACCGCAUCCGCACAAUGUCAGCAGAGGUCAACCCCAGUUUGGUAAACUGGUUAACUGGUAUGAUGACCAUGAGGCUGCAAGUGAUACUGGAGCACAUUCCCAUUACAGAGGAACAGAUCACCCAUUACAUCAUCCACACACAGGGUGAAGAGAUGACGGAAAGGCCCAUACAAGAUUCAGAGCCUCAGAAUGUGGAGAUGGGGGACAGCCUUUCUCCAACACCUGCUACUACAGCAGAGGAAGUUCUGGCCACCUCUCAUGAAGCAGGAGCGGUAGGAGGUCCAGCAAGGGAAGAAGGAGCCGUUGGAGGGGAGGAGCCAGGGAGGGAUGCUGAAGCCUGGGCAGCUACGUUACCUCCCGAGUGGGUUCCCAUUAUCAGACAUGAUCAGAUCAGUCAGAGGAAGAUGAAAGCCCAACCUCCUCUCUCAGACGCAUAUCUGCACGGGAUGCCCGCAAAACGCAGAAAGAUGGUAAAAAGUGAUGGGCCGAGACUGUCUCUUUCUGACGCAGUAAGCCAAGCUGCCAAGUCAGCCGGUGUAACGCCUACAACAGCCCCCAAUGCCCUACAAGAAGAUUUAGAGAAACCAGAGCUUCAAGAAGCAUAUGGCGAACAGCUAAAGAACGACAUCAAGAAGAGAGUCAAGGAAGACCCUGACUACAGUUCUAGACGGUUUCCCAACACACAUCAAGUCUUUUCUCCGGACUCAUAACUUUUCUACAUACCAGCUUUCAUCACCUCAGCUCUAUAGCUAAUAUAGGGUGUGUUUUAUUUGUCGAAUCUACACACAAGUCAGCAGAUGGUUUCGCUUCCCCACAAAAGGUCUUUAUAGAAACCUUUUAAUCAAACAAUUUUUUGCUUGUUGACUCUAUCUUUGUAUUGAUAAGCGGAUUGUUUUGUGUGGAUGAUGCACGGCUGAGGGUGGAGCAUGAUGCCCGCACCCACCAAACAGCUGGUAAAAUUGAGGCACAUGGUCAUUAUGUUAGCACCAGUUGCCAGCAUGCUCCACCAAACACACUUCCUGUUUUUAUUUGUUUCGAUGAGAACUGUAUUGUAAUUGAAUACAGUGAAGUGAUCAGAGAGGAAAUAGAAAGGGCAGAAAUAAUAUUACAAUGAAGAAUGAUGCUGUUAUUUAAAGGUUUUGCUUUGCCUUUCGUCUGUCCCAUGCCUCUGCUAUACCUUUGCUUAUGGUUUAUUGCAAAAAAGAUCAGUGUAAUAUGGAACAUUGAAUGUAAAAUACCUGAAAUUAAACAACUUGAGUUGUUUACCGCA